GGCCAUGGAGGAGGACGCGGGCUGGGCGCUGCUGGGGCUGGGGGCGGCCGCCGCCUCUGUGCCGCUGCUGCUCUACCUGCUCGUGGGGCGCCGAGCCACCGGCGCGGCGGGCGCCGCUUUCCAGCGCCGGGAGCCCGGCCGGAGUCACCAAGCCCGGCGGGCCCCCACGGACGUGUGGAGUCCCAGGCUCUCAGGUUUCCCGCUGCGCCUUUGUGCACAUUUGGCCAAUACUGCUUUUGGGCAGCUUGUUUUACUGCCACUUCUGUUGAGAAUCAACAACUUCACCCUUCUGCGUUACCUUGAUAUCUUUGAAGACCCCACGUUCACCCCAGUGGUUGUUGCGGAAAGCAAAACUGACUCUUCGGAACCGCAAAACCUUUCUGAAAUUCUCCAAAGGCUAAUGGAGACAAGUUCCCGUUCUGCUACUGCUACCUUCAGUUUCAGAGGGAUCCAGGAUUAUCUGAAUUGCUACCGAUCUGGGGAGGUAACACCACUUCAGGUGGCCAAGAACAUUGUGGCUGCCCUGGAGGAUGCUGAGAAAUCUAGUCCCCAACUCCGAGCAAUUGUUCAGUGGGAUCGGGAAGAGAUACUCAAGGUGGCCGAAGCCUCUACUGUUCGCUAUAGAAACAAGCACCCUUUGUCUCUUCUGGAUGGAAUCCCUGUGUGCCUGAAGGAGGAGAUUAAAGUGGUGCCGUAUCACCAUCGAAGCGGAACAGAAUACCUGGGCACAGAGUCGGAGACCGAGGAUGCCACUGUGACUAGAAAGCUGAGGGAGGCUGGAGCUGUUAUUAUUGGUGUAUCAAACAUGCAUGAAUUGGGCACUGGGACCACAGGCUGUAACCCCAACAGAUACCACGGAACGGCGAGAAACCCCUACAACCCCCAACAUUUCACCGGUGGGAGCUCGAGCGGCUCUGGGGCAGCUGUGGCGGCAGGUCUUUGCCCCUUGGCUAUUGGCACCGAUGCAGGUGGCUCGGUGAGGAUUCCGGCUUCUUUCUGUGGGAUUGUGGGGCUUAAAGGUACGUUUGGACGGAUCAGUGCCUACGGCAGCCACCCACUCACAUACUCUACUGUUAGUAUGGGCCCUCUCUGUGCUUCAGUAACCGAUGCAGCAGUUGCGUAUUCUGUCCUGGCUGGCCCAGAUCCCCUAUAUCCAUAUGGACUAGGCCAACCCAAACCAUCCCUCUCUGAAGUCCUUACCAUUGAUCUAAAAGGCUUGAAAUGUGGGAUCGACUGGACUUUUUUUAAGGCUUGUGAUGCAGAAGUCCUAAGUGUCUGCCAGAAAGCUGUCGAGUUCCUGGAGGGCUUGGGGGCCUCUGUGGUUGACGUGUCCCUGCCGGAGGUGGAGGAGAUCCGCGUGGCACACGUCGUCUCCUUGCUGAGCGAGAUGAGGGACUUCCUGCAACCUGAUUUCAGCAAACACUUCCAGCAAAUGAAUCUGGAGACUCGUUUGAAUCUUGCACUUGCGUCUCAGUUCACAGCUCUGGAUUAUAUUAAGGCCAAUCGGCAGCGGAGCCGCACCAUGGCUUUCUUGCGAGAAACUUUUGCAGAUGUCCACUGCUUCCUUUCUCCAGGCACUGCAUGUCCAGCCCCAAGAAUCCAGGACUCUGAUCUCCUGACAGGGUGUAGUGAUUCCCAGACUACCCUACGGGCCAUGAGGUUCAUGCAGCUGGCCAACUUCACGGGCAUUCCAGCACUGGUGGUGCCCGUAGGAUAUACUACUUCAGGGCUCCCCAUCAGCCUUCAGAUCAUGGCAAAGUGGUGGGAUGAAGCUCUGCUGUUCCGGGUUGGUCUGAAGCUGGAGGAAUUUCGGGGUGUAACAGCAAAACCGGCCAUUUAUUACGACAUUCUUGGGUGACGGGAUUGGCCGACAGCUUUUCCAGAGGGGUUGUCUUUUAUGUUGCGGGCAUCUGUCUUACGUCAGGCAGAGAACUGAAUUGCUUCCCCCACCCCUUUUCCACAGAAAUGUGCUUGGGAAUUUCAGAGUAGUGGGAACAGUGAUUUAUUUAUGGUUAGGGUUUUUUUCUUGUACCUCUGCUUGGACCAGUCUCUGCUUACAAAGUUGGGGAGGACCAAUGGAGACAAAGGAACACGGACAGCUUAAGAGGAUUCUGUUUCUGAUUGGGUUUCAUUGGACUGUAGUUAGUUCUGCCCUCAGACAGACAGUGCAGUUGUUUCUCCUGGUGACAAAAACAUACUGAAAAGUUACUGUUCACAGCUUUCAGCAUUUAGUUCUAGAUGAAAAAAGGGACUUGGCCUCAGGGCUGGAUGUAUAAUUUUAAAGAGAAUCCACUUUGACAGAGGCCCAACAACUCUACCUAGCUAGGGAGGGUGUUGACACGAGCAUUCGCCUACCACCGAUUUCUGAACAAUCUUGCAAGGUCCAAUUGCAAAGCAUCAGAGACUCAAGUUGCAAUAGAUUUACUCGCUUGCAAUGGUGCAGUUCUGUCCUUUGGAAGCACUAAUGAAGUCCAAUCUCCUUCCUGUCUGACGGGAAACAGCUGUAAGAGAAGAUGAGCAUGCUUCAAAGGGUCCAAUAAAGAAGUUGUUAGUCAGUCUGUUCCCUCUGCAUAGGAGGUCACCACACACUUCUACCGAGGAAGUCUCUGGUCAGAUAGGACACAGACGUUCAUACAAAGCAGCCCCCUUUCUGUUUUCUCAAGUGCUUUCCACACAAGUCUCUGAAUCAGAGGAAAGGACCCAGCAGUUAGGAUCCUGGGAUUAUCUACUUCUCACAGACCUGCCUUUAAGGAGCAGUGUUUGAGAUGAGGAGAACGUACUUGGCAUUCAGAAUCCAUCAAAUGCCACACAAAAUACAGCUGGAGAAUAGACAGGGAAGAUUAUGAAAAGUCAUUCUGUGCUCUGGCUGGAAGGCUAUUUACUUUUACUUCUUACUGUUUUACAACCUAAGUCAUAAACAGCAAACUCUCAUCCUGUGAGAGGAGAACCUAAAAGUUAGUUAUCAUGUAACUUAACAGCAGCUGCAAAAAAAUGUACCAUACACAGAGUAGUUUGUUAAUCUUGAUCUCUGAUUAGUCAGGAAGAUUUUGUUUCUGGAGAAAAACAGUUCUGAUUAAAUAAUGGAGAGAUCAGUUCAGCUCUUGGUUCUGAAAAUUUGGGACAAAGAAAAUGUGGUCUACCGAGUCAGUGCUGUUGCUGUCACAAUUGUAGAGUCUUGUCUGAAUUGGGAAUUCCACUGAAUCUUCCUAGCGUCUUUGCUAAAGGUAGGGCAUUCAGGUGCGCUGGCUUAAAAGCCCUUCUGUACUUUGGAAUAGUUAACUCAGAGAGAGUUUGGCAUUUUUGUUGGAGGAAGAAUGCCAGCUGAGAAGGAUGAACACACUGCGGGCUCCGAUUAGCAUGAUGGAAGGCUAUUUGUAGAAAGUAAAUAGGAGUAAGAGAAGGGGGGGGGUAUCUCUUUAGAAUGUUAUUCAGUCCUUAGAUUUAAAUUAGGUGGGACUAAGGUGGUCACAUUUGGGUGCUAAGCAAGCUGUAUUUUCCUUGAGAAUUGCUGGCUUAAUUAUGAAUUGGUUUGUGUUUUGUUCACAAAUUCCCAAGAACUAAGUUCAGGUGUGUUGUCACAGGCUUGCUGUACAAAUGCUACAGCUCAGGUAGCUCAUAAUACAGUGGAUGUGUAAGCAGAUCUAUCUCAUCACAGGAAUAAAAGCCAUGAGUAGGUGCUCCUGAA